AUGACGGGCCAUCACCACCUUCUCGCCAACACCACUCUUCUCGGAGAUGAGUUUUUUCUUCAUAUAAAGGCAGCAUGUAGAAAAUUCAGAAAAAUUCUUUCAGAUGAGAUUAAAACUAGUAUUGAAUUUAAUCACAAUCAAAUUUAUAUCAUUGACAAAAUUCAAAAUUUCGAUAUUCAUGUCUCUACAACAGAAGACCUUGAAAAGAAAAUACUUCCGUCAUCCAUCAAAUUCAAUGCUCUUUCAUGGAAAUAUGGAAACAAGGAACAAAUAUGCUUUUUGGGUGAAUGUUGUGUUUCGUUGAUUUAUUCCAUCGCUUCGCAUUCCAUUUUUCAUUUUCAACAAUUAGUUGAAUUGAUUGAAUAUUGGAAAGAGAGAGAAUCAUCUCCUAUAUCUGCCAUGCUUGAAUUAGGACCUUUAUAUUGGAUUAAGCUAGCUUAUAAUCAAUUUAUAAAUACAAAUGCAGGAAAGAAAGUUGUGGGCAAUUUACAACCAUCAAAAUGGUUGGAAUUAUUGGACAAUAUUCGAAUGAAACAGAGAGGACCAACGCGAGAUUUAAACGAACUUUUGGAAAAAUUAUCUCGAGUUGAAUCAUGUCAUGCAUUUAUUUGUGGACAUUUGGUUGAUUUUCUUCACAGAUUUCAAGCGGUGAGAACCAUUCAUGAAAUUAGUGAUGUUUCUAUCGGUUUUUUGAACUUUAUAGAUGGGUUGUUUAUUCUGGAAACUGAAGGAAAUGUUGUGACUAUGAUGAAUGCUAAUACUCCCUCUUCUCUUACCACCAACAUGACUACCUCUGACUUUUCGAUGGUUGGAACUCUGAAUUCUUCUGCUCACACUACUGCCACAAUCACUACGAAUGAAACACCAUCAAAUGGUGAUACUUUAUUUGAGAGACAUUUCACAGUUCAUCCCUUGCAAGAAGAAUUGCAAAAACAAUCGCAGAUCAUUAAGAGAAGUUUUUUCCAUAGUGGUAUUGGGCCCAUUCAAGACCAGCAAGACUCUUACACUACUCUUCCAAUGAGCAAUUUUCCACAACAUGUCUUGUCUUCCAAUAGAACUCCAUCUCCUUCUUUAAUCUCGGGUGCUGUUGCAUUUAACGAAAUUCCACAUGACCAAACAGAUGCUCUGAGUUAUCAUUCAAUGAUGAUGAUGGAUAGAAAUUAUCGAUCUGGAAACACUAUGAAUCAUGUAUACUCUGAUCAUGGUAUGCCCAAUCAAGAUAUCACCACUGAACAGUUUCUUCAAAAAAUUGAUCAGGCCAUGCAAAGAUGUAGAAAUUGGUACUAUAUUACAAAUUAUUAUUUGAAACAGUAUCAAAAACCAAACCAUUUUUACAGGAAUUGGAUUGGAUAUACUGUAGGAGUUACUACUGGAGCUCUUGUAUCAUAUUAUGCUUACAAACAUGUCAAUGAUAUUGUUAGAGUUUCAACAGAUGCCUAUCAAAGUGUAGCUAGAUUUUUCCACAACUCCAUUGCUGAACCUUUAUAUAAUAUUUAUUCAAUUAUUCACUAUGAUGAACACAAACACAAAUUGGCAUCACUCGAAGAUGUGGAACUUUCUGCCAAAUCAUUGGAGCGUAUGGUUCUAGAUUUUGUUAAGGAUACUCAUCCAAAUAUUUCUCAAAGUGAUUUAGUACAAUAUGCGGAGCAAGCCAAGAAGGGAGAUAUUUCUGUGGUGAUGGAAACUUAUGAAAAGGAAUUGAAAAGUCCUGUCACUAAUGCUUUGUUUGGAAGUCUAGCAAGGGCUUUAUUGAUUCAAGUUCAGAAACAAAAAUUAGCAGUCGAACAAUCGAUGGUCAGCAUUGAUGCGUUAAUGAAACAAAAUGAAUUGAAUUUAGAAUUGAUUGCUGCUGUUCCAGGAGUGUUACUAUUUUCUUUCCUCUAUUAUCAAAUCACUAACUUUAAGAGAAAGACAGAUUAUUCGAACAUUACAGAGCCAAUGAUUAGACAAAUGUUACUGAUUGAGAAAAUUCUGAAUAGAAAUAUUGGACUAUCAAGACUGGCACUCAUUGAUUAUGGUACCAUCUAUUUAUAUGCUUCUCGAGUUAAAUUUUUAGCGAACCGUUUUUCCACUCUGAUUGAGCAUCCAAGAGCUGCCAGUGAUUUUACGAGUGACUUGAACGAAGUGAAUUCAACACUCAUGUCUCCUGCACAAAAGUUUAACACAGUUCAUCGAAUGUUUAGACAAUAUCAGUUUUUAAAUCAACAAGAGCAGCAGUAA